CCCGGGGACGCGGCCGGCAGCGCCGAGUCCCCCUUGGCAGCGCCGAGUCCCCCUUGGCAGCCCCUCAGCGCGGCCGCCCGGCCCGCCGGCGCCAUGAGCGGCCCGCAGCCGGGAUUUCUUGCAACCUACAAUAGCCUUACAGACAAACACCUGGUUGGAUAUUUCAGCAAUACCAGAAUAAGACGACAUCUUCAGAGAUCAGGACUGAUAUCAAGGAGUGGAAGAAUAAUACCUGAGAAGGAGUACCGGCUAAAUGCUAUGAGGAGGGAUCACCAAAGAUAUGUACAGGAGUGCCUGGCUCAGGCCAUAUUUCAUAAGGUCCUUGACAUGGAGCGUCAUCAUCAGCUGGAAAUAAAAAGGAAACUUGAAAAUUCUGUGAGGAAGGAGAGUGUGCAGAAAAUCAAGGUGGAACAAACCAGAAGAUCAGUGGAAGGUGCUAGUCCUAUGCGCUCCCCACAUCCACCACUUGGUCCAAGAAAUCGUUAUGGGCUCCGUCCUUUAGUGGCUGCAGAACCAGCUGGUCGCUUACAACUGAGGGCACCUGGACCUGUAGUUGAUUAUAAUGGUGGACAUCCUUCUCAUCAACACCGAUCCAAGGAGCCUGACUUUUCUAAGAUGACUUCCUGGCGACCAAAUACAGCUCCAGGAAAUGUGCAACAACCACUUCGUCUCCAACCGCUUCGCAGCUGUACUGCAGUAGGGUCUGUACCAAAGACUUCAAGCUCUAAACAAAGGUGCCACACACUUGAAAAUGAUCAGCAGUUUGCCAGUGGGGGGGAGAGGAGUGGAUUAAGACUUAUGAGUUCAAUGGAAUAUGUAACCGGUAUAUCCCCAUAUCAACUCCCCGUCAUUCACAAUUAUGUGAUACCAGUGCCACCUCCCCCGCUGCAAAAAGGAGAGAAGAGCGUAAGUGCAGUCAGAAAUGGGAUGCGCAGAGGCAGACGAUUUUGUCCCACCACUGCACCAAAUGGCUUGGAGCAACUUUCAACAAAAAAUUCUGGAGGAUUCCCUAAGCCCUCGUUACGCAGCAACGCAUUUGUUACCAUGGUCUUUCUAGGGAAAAGUGUGCAUUUAUCUCACGAUGACGUUGAUUACAGAGAUGAAAUCAAAGUCUAUCAGCAGCAUUGUGGAGGAGAAAACCUUUGUGUCUACAAAGGCAAGCUAUUGGAAGGAGAGACCUUUCAGUUCAUCUCAAAGAGGCACCAUGGUUUCCCGUUCAGCCUCACCUUUUUUCUCAAUGGGAUGCAAGUGGACAGGUUGAGCUGUUGCUGUGAGUACAAACAUCAGAAGCGUUCCAGGCUGGGAGGCAGACAUGGAUACUUUGGGUUUCUCAAUGUGGAGGGAGCAUCUCCUUGCUACAGGUGCAUUAUUGCAAUGGGUCUGGACAAAAAGCCAUCCCCUCCCAAGAGAAAGAUGGAGGGCCAUGAGGAAAAGCGUGUGGGUUCCUGGAGAGAUGGAGCGCACAGUGAGCCAAGUAAAAGCAGCGUUGAGCAGAAAUCAAGGAAAGAUUCAGUGUUAGUCAUCUUACCAGGUCAUGAAGCGAGUGUGGAAACUAUUGAGGACAAAAUGGAGACUGGACAGGAGUACACAAAAGAAGAAAGGAAAAUAAUACCUGAUUGCAAGAGUGAAGAUAGUCAGGAGGACACUGGUAAAAACGAGUAUGAUGAAGAUUUUGAAGCAGGUGAAGAAGUUAAUGAAGAGGGACAGACUGGUGAUCAAAUGAAUGGAAUGUCAAAGUCAUCCUCAGAUGAUAAAAACCAUAAUUUAAACUAUGAAAAGGAGAGUAAAAACUCAUCACAGGAGGCACUGCAGGCCUCUGACAGUGAGAAAAAUGAAAGUGAUGGAUAUUCUGACAGUGACUCAGAGGAUGAUAAACAAGGUGAAUUAAACAAAGGUAAUACAGCUGUUUGUGAAAAGGUUGCAGCUGCAAGAAAGAUCCAGUCUUUUUAUAGAAAGUAUAAAAUACAACAGAAACUCAAAUCAGGUAGGAGGCCUGCACACUCUCUCUCAUCCAUCAGUACUCAGUAUAGCAGUGAAGAUGACUCUCAUGCUGAAACGAUGAAAGACAAUAUUAAGGGCAAAGAGGAGUAUAAUAUCAAAAAGGCAUCUGAUAACACAGAAUGUGCACAAUAUGGAAAUGAGAAUGGGGAGAAUAAACUGCUCAGAAUGGAGGAAAAUCAGGAAACUUUUUCACUGGAAGAGGAGGGAAUAGAUGAAGCAGAAAAGGCAAAACCAGAAGAUCUAAUGGCAAGGGAAGAUACUGCAAUUUUAAAUGAAAAUGUAAUGGCAAUACAGCAUCAGAGUCCCGAAGUUAAUGGGGAACUCAAACAGGCUGGGUCAGUAGAAAGUAAUAUAGAGGAAGAUGGGGAGAAGAAUGCAAGUACAAGGAGGGAUGAUGGGGAGGAAAGACUUCUGGUGCCAUUGGAAAGCAAUAUGAUGGAAGUGGAGGAUAGCAAUGAAGAGUCUCCUCAGAGUGAUGAAGGAGGUGUUUUUGAAGAUUGCAUACCAGCUCAGGAGGAAAUAGCAAAGGCAAUUGGAAAUGAUCAUCACGUGAAUUCUGAACCUGAACCUAGUGGUUCCUGUGCAGGGGAGGCAGAAGAGAACGUAACAAGUACAGAGCAUGAUGCCAAUGAAGGUAGCGUGGGGCCUCCUUGGGAAAUGCAUUGUCAAGGCAGACAGGAUGGGACUGACAGACUAGGAAUGAAGCUGAACUGCAGACCUGAUGCUGUACCCUGUUUGUCUCCCAAACUCAUCUCCCUGUUGGCAGUUUGCGUAAUUGGCACACCAGAUGGAGCUUUCUUGGCAGAAGGAACAAGAACACUUGAUGUGCAGAAGGCAUCAGAACAAGUGGUACGAGAAGGGCAGAUGGUAGGGGAGAGACACACUCUUGAGAAGGAAGAUUUUGUUGCUGAGGAAGGAGAUGCUCUCACCAAAGAGGCAGGAGAAGAAAUAGCAUGGGCAGGAGAUUUGCUGCCCAAGGAAGACACAUUGGCUGUGCUGCAGGCAGAGGGUCAGCUUGCAGUGGAGGAAUCUGCACCUGAGGAGAGUGCCAUGGCAGAAGAAGAUCUCAAAGGAAAGGGGUCAGGGAAGGGAAUGGAGUCCGGUGCAGAGGUGGCACUGGGGGAGCAGGAAGUUCUGAUGGAGGGGAUGGAGAGCAAGGCAGCACUGGGAGAGCAAGCACCUGGGGGAGAGGAGCCAGCAGGGGUGGGGACACUGCUGGGCAGGGAGGCAGAUGGCACAGUGUCUGAGCAGGAGGUGGCUGGGGAGGUCUGUGAGGGAGAAGAAGCUGUGGAGGAGGCCUCCGCAGCAACAGGGCCUCCCGUGAAGGAGGUGGUGGGUGAGACGGUGUCUGAGGCAGAGGAAGCCAUGGAGGAAGGAGGUUUUGCAGGGAAAGGCGUUGUGGCAUGUGCUGUGUCUGAGGGAGAGGAGGCUGUGGGGGAUGCCAGCUUGGCAGAAGAAGAGAUUGCCAGGGUAGUUGGCCCUGAAGGAGAAGGGUCUGUAGAAGAAGCCAUUUCUGAAGGGGAGGAGGCUGUGGAGAAGCUUGGGGCUCUCCCGGAAACAUUAGAGGAUACAAACGUUUGCAUGGGAGAAGCAGUGCCUAAAGGAGAAGACUUUGUAAAGCCAAAUGAGUUUUCCCAGCUGAAAGCAUCAGGGGAAGAGUGGAUGGAGAUGGGGAAAGCUACCAUAGGAGUAGCAACAUCUGAGACUGGCAAGGUAUCAGAAGUAGAAGAGAGGUCUCUCCUGAGAGCAGAGGACGCAAUGGAGGAGUCUGUGGAGCCUGGCAAGGGUCCCAUGUUGCAAGUAGCACCUGGGUUAGAGGCACUGGUGGAUGCUGGAGGGGAUCUUGUAAGUGAAGGGUCACCUCAGUUGGAGGAGACCACAACAGCAGAGGAGGAGGAGGGCUCAGCAGAAGCACUUUCGAGUGGAAACCCAUCUCUAGGCAGCAGGGCAAAGACAGAGAGGGCAGUAGAAGAAAAACCUGAUGGAGGGGUGAUGGGAGUACCUGCGGAGACAGCCAGAGCAGAGUCAGGAGGUGGAGAGGAGGUCACGGAUGGAGCAGCAGGUCCAAAGGAGCUGGCAGCUGGGAUGGAGGGAUUGCUGGAGUAUGCUAAAGAGAAAGGGAAGGAGAAGCCUCCUGGUGAGGGGGUGGUAGAUGAAGCGGUGCUGCCAGCCCUGGGGCUGUGUGUGAGCGGGGCAGGGGAGACAGGAAUGGUGGCUGGUGCUGUGAUGGGUGGCCAGGCAGGGCGAGGGGCUCUGGCUGAGGGAGUGGCAGGGGAGCUGGCGCUGGUCAGGGAGGCAGCAGGGCAGGAGGUGGUGGUGGCUGGGGAUGGGUGUGACGGGGGCGGCAGAGGUGGUGUCAGCUGA